CUUCUUCUUUUUAUCCUUGUAUUUCCCUUCCGCUCUUUUAGCUGGCUCUUCCACCAGCUUCAUUUUCUUUUCUCUUCCCCCCUACUUGAUCAAGUAUCUGGAAGCUGGAAAGUCACAAUGAGCGGACUUCGCUUCCUUGAUCUAAUUAAACCCUUUACGCCCCUCCUCCCGGAGGUGGCAGCUCCGGAGACCAAGGUGCCCUUCAACCAGAAGUUGAUGUGGACUGGGUUGACACUCCUGAUCUUCUUGGUCAUGAGUCAGAUGCCUCUCUAUGGUAUCGUCUCCUCUGACACUUCCGAUCCCCUGUACUGGCUGCGUAUGAUGUUGGCCAGUAACCGUGGUACUCUGAUGGAAUUGGGUAUCACCCCUAUCAUCUCCUCCGGCAUGGUUUUCCAGCUCCUCGCUGGUACCCACCUCAUCGAUGUCAACCUUGACCUCAAGACCGACCGUGAACUGUACCAGACCGCUCAGAAGCUUUUCGCGAUCAUCCUUUCCUUCGGUCAGGCUUGUGUCUAUGUCUUGACUGGUCUCUAUGGUCAGCCAAGCGACCUUGGUGCCGGUAUCUGUGUCCUGCUGAUUGUUCAGCUUGUUGUUGCUGGUCUUGUUGUCAUCCUUCUGGAUGAGCUGCUCCAGAAGGGAUACGGUCUUGGAAGCGGUAUCUCUCUGUUCAUUGCCACCAACAUCUGCGAGUCUAUUGUCUGGAAGGCUUUCUCUCCCACUACCAUCAACACUGGCCGUGGUCCCGAGUUCGAGGGUGCUAUCAUCGCUCUGUUCCAUCUUCUGUUGACCUGGUCCGACAAGCAGCGUGCUUUGCGUGAGGCUUUCUAUCGCCAGAACCUCCCUAACGUCAUGAACCUGCUGGCUACUCUCCUUGUUUUCGCCGCUGUCAUCUACCUCCAGGGUUUCCGUGUGGAGAUCCCCGUCAAGUCCUCUCGCCAGCGUGGAAUGCGUGGAUCUUACCCCGUUCGUCUCUUCUACACCUCUAACAUGCCUAUUAUGCUUCAGUCCGCUCUGUGCUCCAACAUCUUCCUCAUCAGCCAGAUGCUGUACUCGCGCUUCUCGGACAACCUCCUUGUCAAGCUUCUCGGAGUCUGGGAGCCUCGUGAGGGAUCCGCCCAGCUUUACGCUUCCUCCGGAAUCGCUUACUACAUGUCUCCUCCCCUCAACUUCAAGGAGGCUCUUCUCGACCCUAUCCACACCGCUGUUUACAUUACCUUUAUGCUGGUUGCUUGCGCUCUCUUCUCCAAGACCUGGAUUGAAGUCUCUGGCUCCGCCCCUCGUGACGUUGCCAAGCAGCUCAAGGACCAGGGUCUUGUCAUGGCCGGCCACCGUGAGCAGAGCAUGUACAAGGAGCUUAAGAGGGUUAUCCCUACUGCUGCUGCCUUCGGUGGUGCUUGCAUUGGUGCUCUUUCCGUUGCCUCCGACCUCCUUGGCGCUCUUGGCAGCGGUACUGGUAUCCUUCUUGCCGUGACCAUCAUUUACGGAUACUUUGAAAUCGCCGCUCGUGAAGGCGAUAUUGGUUCAGGCCUCAAGGGCCUUGUUCCUGGUAACUAA